GUGUUGCCACACGUCAACUGAGACUGUGCAGGUGUUAAGCCGUAACCUGUAGACGUGGGUUGUACUGUGUUUUCUAGUACGAAUGAGCCAAUAUGAUAAGUGACUAGACUGUGUAAAUGUGUUUGGUGAUAUCAUGAAAGUCAUCAAGCAUAAUAUUUGUAACGUUUUAAUGCAGUAGGGGGAGAACCAUGAGAACGUGGAAUUUUCUACAUAUUUGGUCAUGGAUGCUGUCUCACACUCAUUAUUCUCGGGUCAGCUUAGUGGAUGACCUCAAACAUCAAGCAACAUCAAACUUACAGCAGAAAGAGGAUGAAAAUAUGGGACAUAGCAACUCACCUGAAAUAAGAUUUGGGAAACGCCAUGUGCUGAUCAUUCUGUUAUUCCUGGGGUUUGCUGGUGUUUACGCCAUGCGCGUUAACUUAUCUGUUGCCAUUGUUGCAAUGGUAAAACCUCAUUCCAAUGGCCUGGAGCAAGUUAUUAGAAUUGAUGAUACAUGUCCAGUACCUGCAUACCAGAAAAGAAAGGCAGUGACUGCAGAAAUUAAAGGAGAAUUUGACUGGGAUGAAAAAACUCAAGGAAUGAUUCUUGGGAGCUUCUUUUAUGGGUACCUCUUGACCAACUACCUUGGUGGGCGACUGGCUGAGAGAUUGGGAGGACGACUCAUCUUUGGUGCUGGAGUAACACUCACUGGUCUUCUCACAGUUGUCUCACCAAUGGCAGCCAGACAUUCCUCUACUGCAUUUGUUAUCAUAAGAAUUCUGGAAGGGAUGACUGAGGGUGUGACCUUCCCAGCCAUGAAUGUGAUGAUGUCGUACUGGAUACCUCCUCAGGAGCGUGCUCGCUCAUUAGCUCGUAUUGCUGGAGGAUGUCAAAUUGGAACUGUGGUGACACUGUCAAUAAGUGGAUGGCUCACACAAACAGAGUGGGGAUGGCCAUCAGUCUUUAUUAUAUUUGGACUGUAUGGACUAGUGUGGGGAUUCUUUUGGUUCAUGUAUGCCUAUGACUCUCCAGAUCUCCAUCCCACAAUCACCACUUCCGAAAAGCUCUAUAUUAAGCAUGGUACUGGAGAUCACAGAAAAAAUGAGAGGCUGGAUGUGCCAUGGAAAUCCAUUUUGACAUCGACCCCAUUCUUGGUGGUGAUAGCAGCUCACGUUGGUCAAAACUGGGGUUUCUACUGCAUACUGACAGAGCUGCCCACGUACCUCAAAAAUAUCCAACAUUUUGAUAUGAAGCAGAAUGGCAUAUUGUCAGCAAUGCCAUACUUGGUAAUGUGGCUCUUUAGCUUGGUAUAUUCCACCUACAUGGACCAUCUCCUUGAAAAAGGGAUUCUCUCUACCAAGCAAAUUCGACAACUUUCUACAGUUAUUGCAACUUACAUUCCCAUGAUAUUGUUGCUACUUAUUCCCUGGGCUGGUUGUGAUGGUCAUCUGGCUGUUGUAUUAAUUUGUAUUGCUGUUGGAACCACUGGAGCUUCAUUCUGUGGAAUGCACUGUGCAUUCCAGGAGCUGGCACCUAACUUCUCAGGGACACUGACCGGCAUAUCGAACACCUUGGCUACGAUUCCUGGGUUCCUAGCCCCUGCUGUGACAGGAGCCAUCAUCAACAACCAGCAAACUCUGAAUCAGUGGAAGAAAGUGUUCCAGUUGGUGUCUCUUGUGUAUCUAGUUCUGUGCUCCCUCUAUCUCAUCUUCCUCUCAGUGGAGGUUCAGCCAUGGAAUGAAGGCAACACUGAUAAACGAAAACGACCAUUAAAGGAAAUUGUUGAGCUGAAAUCGGUUUGAAGAAAUUAUUUAUUUGAAUGGUAAUGUUUAUAUUCUAUGUUAAACUAUGGUAAUGUUUAUAGUCUUUGGCAAUGUAGAAUUUAUUUAUUUAUUUAUUUAUUUAUUUAUUUAUUAUAUUUAUGGUGUUAUGUUGACCACAGUAAAGUAUUUGUGCCCAGAGAUAAGCCAGAUAAUCCCUCUUUUAAAAAUAAAUGAAUGAAAUGCAAAGUUUAAUGUAGCAUAAAUUUAGUAUGGGAAGUGAAAGCAUAAUAUUUCAUGAAUCAUAAAACUUCAGUUGCUGACAUAAUUAUUUUACUUUCUAUGUUUGAGAAAUAAAUCUCAGGCUCUUAGUCACAUGGUACUGUCUAAUGAUUAUAGAAUUUAGUUCUCUGCAAGUUGCAGACUUUAUGAAGGAGCAAAUAUAGCUAGUGAUCAUAACUGUGCUGGAUCCCUCAGUAGCUUCCCGGAGCUCUGGCACUGAUAUCUCAAAGUCUCCUUACCAGGAUUCUGAGACUUUCUUGGCCUACUGAGAACCAGGACCAGAAUAUGGCUCCCUCAAAGAGGUGAGGGGCCAAAUGCCAGGGGCCAAAGAUUGACCCAAAGUUGUUAAGCAUGUCACAUAAACAGACCACUGCUAUUUGAAGAAGGAAUAGUCUAGAAAACAGGGUAAAUGAUAGUUGGGUAAACAAUAGUUAAUAAUGGACAAACAACCGAGCUCCUCCAGUGGCCACCGGUUGGCAGUCCAAGUGCAUACAGGCAUUUUCGUUCUAUGUUAUGAUUUGACUGCGUUUUGUACGUGGUUUUCGUUUUUGUAUUUUCGUUUUUUCCAUAGCACAGGAGCUGGAACUUAUCUUCGUUAAACACCAUAUUAUUUUCUGUAGUCCAUAGAAACACCAGAUUUACAUCUGAUUGGAGGUUUGCCAUGUCCUUUAUGUUGUCAACUCUCAUAAAAAUCCUAGUGUCAUCUGCAAAGGAUGCUACAGUACUAUAGAUUGUGUCGUUGUACUAUAGAUUGUGGCAUAGAUGAAUAGACAUACUGGCAUGUGCAGUAAAAUAGGAAAGGUUUCCGAUGUGAUAUUCAUCACUGUCUCUGCUAGUCUUUUUUUAGCUGGUGUAUUAGGAAUGAAAUUUUACUUUGAUAAUGGAAGAUUGGGACUCUGGUAAAUUACUAGAUACUCUCUUUUCUCAAAACAAUAUCUAGUGUUACUAGGCGAAAUAUACCUCUGUGUAAUUGCAAGAAUGGGUCCAUGAAAAUAUUAAUGCAUUCAUCAAAUGUAAUAAUAUGGGACAGUCUUCUGCCCUUGCUUCGCAUAUCAUAUUUCAAUAACUACAGAGAUCAGGAUAGUGCCCCAGAAUUUUGAUUAAUCAGGAAAGGUUAUCAUACGCUUUUUGUCCAUCAUAAUGCCUCCCCAUCUUCUUUUCAGCAGUUACUAGCUGGGCACUACAGAACAAGAGGCCUUUAACAGUUAGAAUGUGGCUUGUUGGUCUCAUCUUAUCUUUAUGCAUAUUUAAUUGUUUAAAUUUUGAUAUGGCAUUUAUUUCAAAAGGCAGCUAAUUACUGUACAUUUAAUUGGGCACAGGAUAAGCUGUGGUGAUCAUAACACAAGUAUUUUGAUAAGAAAAUCUCAUGCCUCAAUAAUGCAUUUUGUUUAGUUAAGAUAAUGUUAAAUUUUAUACAAUUUAAUGUAUUGACUGGCAUAAAUAAGGUACUAUUUUAUUUAAAAUGUAUUUAUUACCCACAUAUCUGUUAACAAUUUAAAUACUUAAUUAUUUAAAGAUUUCUGACUGCCCUCAGGAAUUGGUAAUUUUUGUUGUCUUAGUAAUGCAAGAUGUUACAGCUGUCAAGUAUUCAGAGUAUGAUGUAUGACACAUAAGUAACAAAUCAGUAUCAUGGCUGUGAGAAACAAUUAUAAAAUUGCUCACUUGUCAGUAUUUGUAGUCUCCAUGGGUAAUUUGCCAUACAGAAGACAGUAACGGCAUAAUAGAAUAGAUUGCUCAACAUGAACCAUGACAAAAUGAAUUCCAUAAGUAAAUUAACUUGUACAGGUAUAUUAAUAACUUCAAUGAAAGAAGAGAGAGAGAGAGAGAGAGUGUAGAUACAGACAUUCAUUGGAGUACAGAAGCAGGCAGAUGUACAAAAAAAAACAGCUACAGUAUAAAGAAACAAACAUAAAAAGAGAGAUGAAAGAGGUAAGCAUUUUAAUACUGAAGAGAGAAUUUUAUGAAUUGUAUUGCAAUAUAUAAUGAUUCACAAUGCAUUCCAGCAUUUUAUUUUUCAUUAGGCUCAUCAAAACUUACAUUGCUUCUUAACUUUUGAUACAUGUAAAUUAGGGAUUAAAUAAAUGUAGUGAACCUUUCUGACCAAUCAUUCAGUUGCUCCCUAAGAUAAGCAUCAGUUGUGGCUUAUUCGUGGUUCGUGACAGGAUUCACGAACUGUUGAGCAGGAUGAUAUUUAACCACUGCACUGCUCAGAGCAUCUUAAGGCACCCGACCAGGGGUGCGCAGAGCGCCAUAUGGCAUUUUUAGGUAUAUGGAGCGAUUCAAAACUCCCGUGACUACACGGGGCUCACAUCAUGUGUCUCGAGAAUCCAGUAAAUAGAUGCCAUCUUGAAAAAAAAAUCAUCAGCAUCUGUACUGGCUUUGAGAGCCUUGGUACCGAGAUAGUGACCAAGGCUGGCGCAUGCAGGAGCAGCUCACAGCACCACUGUGCAGAUAAGGGCCACAGCACCAGUUAGUAAUGAUAACUAAAAUAGGUAACUAAUUAUUUUGCAUUGAUAGUGUCAUAUAUGUUCCUGACUGUGAUAAAGACUAUGUACAACAUUCAGAUAUCAGUGAACACAAUGUUAGUUAUGAUAUUCACAGCAUGAGGUAAAGAGACACAGCACCCAGCCAUUGUUUCCUGCAUCUACACAUCAUGAAGCAACCUCACGUUCCUUCACAAUAUAACCUUGUGGAAAUGGAUUCAUAUUCAGGAUUUUUGUGAUAGGAAUGUGGUAAUAACAGCAGCUUUGUUGCUGGUCACAGGGAAAUAUGUAAAAUAUUGCAUCAUGGCUGCUGGCAUCAUCUGCUUGUGGCACAUCAUCUGCUGUGUUUUGAUUUCAUCACUAUACCCACCAGAACUGCUUAUUAGUUUGUUAUGGUGCAUAUAAAUGCUGACAGUGAUAUAUAAUGUGUGCACAUAUAUAGCGUAAUAACAGCAAGAACACUGGAUGGUCUAAGAAUAUGAUAUGCGCGUCACUAUAUAGGGGCCCCAUAUUUUUUGAGAAUAGUGAUUUUCAACACAUUUAACUAUAUAAAUUCCACAAAUUAGACACUAUAGAAUAAUAUUACUGCAAAAAAAAACAGAAAAGAAAUAAAUGAGAUAUUGAAAUACGUACACUGGAACCUUGAGUGAUGAGCGGCUCCAGUUACGAGCAUUUCGAGUAAGGAGCAAGCCACUCUCAGAAAAUAUGUCUCGACUGACGAGCUUUCCCUCGAUUAACGAGCAUUCCCGCUGGUUCUCGGACACCUCGGACGACAGUUUUGUUGUUGUUUCACGAGACAAGUUUUCCACAUGAGCUCGGUGCCGGAACGGAUUAAACUCAUUAAUCGAGGCACCACUGUAAUUAUGAAAAAUUAUAUUGGUGGCAACUGCUGCCCCAUGGGGUGGCAGGGGUGAGUGUGUCUGGGCGCCUACUCACUCGGCGACCAUAAAUUGCUCAACUUCUCAGCUCCAUCAAAGCUAAAGUACUGUAUGUCACAUACAAUACAGUAUUUUAUUUUAGUUUCUUGUGAUCAGAGACUGCAUUUUAACAAUAUAAGAAGAUAAAAUAACUUGUUGGAAAUAGAAGAAUUUUGGCACACCAUUGCAGUGUCAUAUUAUAAUGCGGUGCAGUGCAGUGGUUAAGCACUAGAGCCACUGGGAUCUUUGAACAUCCCUGUAAGGUCAUAUAAGGCACUGAAAAAAAAAUGUAGUCAUAAACAGUCUGGUAUAGCCCAAAAUAUGUCAACGAGGUACAUCUAGACUCAAAGCCAUACUGAAUCCUUAUAGAAGUGAACACCAAGUGAUGCUUCAGAAAUGCUCAUUUGCUAGCCUGGCCAAAUCAGUUACCACCACCACCAGGUGGCAGCUCAAGAUUAGAUGGCAACACAAAUAGAAAUUUAAUAAAUUAGGAAGACAUGUGGUAUACUCUAGUGACUGGAGUGACCACAGAGGACUUGGAGAAGUUGGCUGUUGCCCUUUAGGCACACAAAAAUAAAAUGACAAAAUAUAAACAAUAUAUAAAUAUUUAUAUUUAUUCCUUCAUGAGAAUGGAUACAGUACCUAGUAAAGAUUUAGAUGAUGAGGUUAAAGCACUUUUCAAAUUCAGAAAGACUAAUGUUAGCUGGUUCCAUUAUAUCAUAGUCCAGCCUUAGGAUUUGCCAUAUUAGACCUAUAACUUAGAAUGUAAUACUUUCUUUAGACAUCUACUAACACUAAUUAAGAUUAGAUACAAUUCUGUAUUUCUUUUCAAAUCUGCCAAAACACACACACAACAAAAUUCCCCAAAUUAAGAUUUAAUAAACCAGUAAGAAUUUUAAGGAUACAGUAUUCCAUUUCACAUAUACAGUGCUAAGCUCACUUAUCCGGAUUGUAUGGGAAGGAUUCCUCACCCGAUAAGCCAGACAUCCAGAUAAGCAGGUAUUUUCUAUUUCUUGUACCACAACCAACAUAAUUCGAUUUUCCACGCAGACACACUAUAAAUAAAAAAUAUAAUUUAAAACAGAAACUUCAGCUUACCUAGUUAUAAUUCAUCUUGUUGUCUGAUACUGCAGAUCUUGAAAUGUGCAGUUCUUGAAAAUUUACGUAACCUAAUCUCCAGUUAUCUGGAUUUUUGUCCGAAUAUAGCAAAGUUUUGCCAGAAAAUUACCUGGACAGAAUUUUGGCAGGAUAACCCAAAUAUCCAGUUCAGGGGUCUUCAGAUGACCAACCUCAUACAGUAUUAAAAAGGCAAAAAGAAAAGAUACUGUAUUACAAAAGAAAUAUUAUUUGGAGAAUAGAGGUUUUUGAAAUAUUCCAAAUAAUAAACUCUUUGAAAGAGACAAUUGUCAGUUUGACAAAAAUGUAACUCGGUGGUCUCUUAUAGACUAAGCCUUAAGACAUUUAAAUCUUUUGUCAUUUUUGUAUAUGCUGUAAUGUUUUCACAAGCAUUAAAAUUGCUUUAAGUAAAUAAAAAAAAGCUUGUUAAGGUUGUACUUAUAGAGCUAUAAUAAGGUUUAAGGAGAAUUUAAUGAGAAAUUCUCAUAGUAAAAAAUACUAUAGUGACAUUAAAGGUAUAAUUAACAGAUACUCUUCAGAAUAUCUGUAUAGAACUUCUUUGACUCCUUCCUGGUAGCAUAAGUGGUUAUCUUCAAUAUAUAUGCUCAUGCAGCCCACUAACCAAAUAUCUAUACCUUUGGUGUAUAGGCUGAUUUUAGGGGUCAUUAAACAAAUGUCUUACAUACUGGGAAACAGCUCAGAUUAGUAAGAAUAUACUGUAUAUGUAUAUACUGUAUAUAUAUGGUUAUGAAUGGAGAAAACAAAGAAUAAAUUUCAUUAUCUGUAGAUUUGUUCUGCUUUUGAAUAUGCUAGAGAAUAUGAAUAUACAUAUGGAAAUAUAAAUAUAUUUUAUUUAUACAGCAAUUUCAUAACUGUAUCAUAAUGUAGUAUGAAAAAAAAGUAAAUUUAUCAUUGUAUGCCUAACUGUUAAAUUAUUAAAAAUGUAAAUAUAUACUGUAUUAAAAAUGUAAGUAUAUUAAGUUUUUUUUGUCAUAAUGUUACUAAUGUCAUUUUAUCAUAAUCUAUAGUUCAUGUCAAAAUGUGCAAUAUAUAUCAUUUGUAGGUUCAUUUUUUAUUGUAUGUGUGUGUAUGGUUACAGUGUUAGAGAAACUACAUGUAAGAAUAGAUUAUACGACGUGUUGUAGUCAUUAAUGAUAUAAGACGGGUGUGACAUCAGCAUGAAUACGUUGUAAAAAACAUGAUAAAAUACUGCACGUGUAAAAUAUGAAUAAGUGUUUCCUGGAGAUUGAGAUUGGAGCGAGUAUAUUAUUGGGAUAAUCUACUCGCUACAGAAGAUUAUCCCAAUAAUAUACUCGCUACAAAAUAAUCCAUUUUGUUGGGGUGAGGGAUGAUAGUGUUAUUGCUUUCUCAUACACUACAGCGAGCAGUAAUACUAUAAUUAUUUGUUUGUAUGAAAUAUCUGAAAUAUGUACAUUGUCAAAUAUGCACACAUUUUCAAAACUGUUCUCGUAACUAAGAAACUACCGUAACUUGUUACAUUCCUCAUAAGAUAAGUAGGAUUAUGUGGGAAAUCCUUGUUAGUAUUUUAGUAGUUGGGCAGAUGACAUCAGCAGCCAGUAUUUUGUAUUUUUUUACCAGUCUUUCUAUAAUUAAGGUAUUUUAAUGAAUGUUACUGUUACUUCAAAAUAAAUUUAUCACAAGGAAAA